UUACAUUACAUAACAACAAAACCAACGAACCAAACAACCAAAAUUUUCAUUUAAAAGUUGCCUCUUUCCGACGCUGCUUCUGACAAAUACAACAUUCUACCAUCCCAAAUGUCGGUCACUUUGGACUAUGCUGGUCAAAGAGCUGAAGCUAUUCCUCAAUCCACACCAAUACCGAAUUGGACUAUUCAUGUGUCAGACAUAAGAACAGUUAAGGUUAGCAACAUAUCACUGGUUACUUCCAAGGUGGAGAUUCGAGAAUUCUUUUCAUUCUCAGGUGAUAUUCAGUAUAUUGAGAUGCAAAGGGAAAGUGACCGCACUCAAGUUGCUUAUGUUACAUUUAAGGAUACACAGGGAGCAGAUACAGCAGUUCUCUUAACAGGUUCAAAGAUAGGUGAUCUAUAUGUCACAAUCGCACCUGUGGAGAAGUAUCAGCUUCCCCCUGAUGCUGUUCCAGUAAGUCCGAGAAACCAAAGUGGUGAUGCAGUAAAGAAGGCUGAAGAUGUAAUGAGCACCAUGCUUGCUAAGGGUUUCAUUUUAGGAAAGGAUGCCAUCAACAAGGCAAAAGCCUUUGAUGAGCGUCACCAGUUGACCUCAAAUGCAUCUUCCAGAGUUGCUUCCAUUGAUCGUAGAAUGGGUUUCAGUGACAAAAUAAGUAUUGGAACAGCUAUUGUGAAUGGAAAAGUGAGAGAGAUGGAUGAAAAAUAUCAGCUUUCUGAAAUGACAAAGUCUGCUCUUGCUGCUGCAGAGCAAAAGGCAAGCAGUGCUGGAUCUGCUAUCAUGAGCAAUUCUUAUGUAUCAACUGGAGCUUCAUGGGUGUCUAGUGCCUUUAAUGCUAUAGCAAAGGCAGCUGGGGAUGUCAGCAGCAUGACAAGGGAGAAGGUUGAACAGGCAGAGGUGGAAAGGAAUGAGAUCAUUUAUAGUGAAAGGAAAGGGACUGUUGACGAAUUUGGAAUGAAACGCUUUCAGGAUGCUUCAGACAUGGGUCCUGCAAUAGUUCCUGUUAAUUCACAUGAUGACCAUAAGCUAGAAAUUAUAUAACUACUCAGAAUUCUUUACAUCCUCACAUGCACAGUUGGAUUUAUUUAGUUAGAAUAGUUAUUGUCUGAGCUUUUAUUUUAGAAUGAUAAGUUUUAUUGAUUGUUACAGCAAUGUACAAGUUUGUCUGGCAGACGUGUGGUUCCUAAAUACGGUCAACAUUUAUGUCAUAAAGUUAUUCUUUAUUUUUU